AUGUCCACUCCGAGCAGAUUCAAAAAGGACAAAGAGAUCAUCGCCGAGUAUGAAAGUCAAGUCAAAGAAAUUCGAGCUCAACUGGUAGAACAACAGAAAUGCCUGGAGCAGCAGACAGAGAUGAGAGUUCAGCUUCUGCAGGACCUGCAAGAUUUCUUCCGGAAAAAAGCCGAAAUUGAGACGGAUUAUUCUCGGAACCUAGAAAAGUUAGCAGAAAGGUUCAUGGCCAAAACAAGAAGCACUAAGGAUCAUCAACAGUACAAGAAAGACCAGAACUUAUUGUCUCCAGUGAACUGCUGGUAUUUGCUCCUGAACCAAGUGAGGCGAGAAAGCAAAGACCACGCCACCUUGAGUGACAUCUAUCUGAACAACGUGAUUAUGCGGUUCAUGCAGAUAAGUGAGGAUUCCACCAGGAUGUUUAAAAAGAGCAAAGAGAUUGCAUUCCAGCUUCAUGAGGAUUUGAUGAAGGUUCUCAAUGAGCUCUAUACGGUGAUGAAAACAUACCAUAUGUAUCACGCUGAGAGCAUCAGUGCAGAGAGCAAACUGAAGGAGGCUGAGAAACAAGAAGAGAAGCAGAUUGGCAGGUCUGGUGAUCCAGUCUUCCAUAUUAGACUGGAAGAGAGACAUCAGCGGCGAAGCUCGGUGAAAAAAAUUGAAAAAAUGAAGGAAAAAAGACAAGCAAAAUAUUCGGAAAACAAGCUUAAAUCAAUUAAGGCACGGAAUGAAUAUCUCCUAACCCUUGAAGCAACCAAUGCCUCAGUUUUCAAGUAUUAUAUUCAUGAUCUUUCAGAUUUAAUUGAUUGCUGUGAUCUUGGCUACCAUGCAAGCCUAAACAGAGCCCUGAGGACGUAUCUCUCUGCGGAGUAUAACCUUGAAACCUCCAGACAUGAGGGCUUAGACAUUAUUGAGAAUGCAGUUGACAAUUUGGAGCCCAGGAGUGAUAAGCAGAGAUUCAUGGAGAUGUACCCUGCUGCGUUCUGUCCACCAAUGAAGUUUGAGUUUCAGUCUCACAUGGGUGAUGAGGUGUGCCAGGUCAGUGCCCAGCAGCCAGUCCAAGCAGAGCUCAUGCUCAGGUACCAGCAGCUGCAGUCCCGCCUGGCCACACUCAAGAUCGAGAACGAGGAGGUUAAGAAAACGACUGAGGCCACCCUGCAGACAAUACAGGAUAUGGUCACUAUCGAGGACUACGAUGUUUCUGAAUGCUUCCAGCACAGUCGCUCCACAGAGUCUGUGAAGUCCACGGUCUCUGAAACCUAUCUGAGUAAGCCCAGCAUCGCCAAGAGAAGAGCCAACCAGCAGGAGACCGAGCAGUUCUACUUCAUGAAACUCAGAGAAUAUUUGGAGGGUAGUAAUCUCAUCACAAAACUUCAAGCCAAGCAUGACUUGUUGCAGAGGACACUUGGAGAAGGUCAUAGAGCUGAAUAUAUGACUACAAGGCCUCCAAAUGUUCCCCCUAAGCCCCAGAAACACAGGAAGUCCAGACCCCGCUCACAGUAUAAUGCUAAGUUGUUUAAUGGGGAUUUGGAAACAUUCAUCAAGGACUCAGGACAGAUCAUCCCCCUCAUUGUGGAAAGCUGUAUUCGGUUCAUAAAUCUCUACGGUCUUCAGCAUCAGGGGAUUUUCAGAGUGUCUGGUUCCCAGGUGGAAGUCAAUGAUAUUAAAAACUCAUUUGAGAGAGGUGAAAACCCUUUGGCUGAUGACCAGAGUAACCGUGAUAUUAACUCAGUUGCUGGCGUUCUAAAGCUCUACUUCCGUGGGCUGGAAAACCCCCUCUUUCCUAAGGAAAGAUUUAAUGAUCUGAUUUCUUGUGUCAGAAUAGAUAAUCUCUAUGAGAGGGCACUUCACAUCCGCAAACUGCUCCUGACCUUGCCCAGGUCGGUCCUUAUAGUGAUGAGGUACCUCUUUGCCUUCCUCAAUCAUCUUUCACAGUACAGUGAUGAAAACAUGAUGGACCCUUAUAACCUGGCCAUCUGUUUUGGCCCUACAUUGAUGCCUGUCCCAGAGAUACAGGAUCAAGUGUCCUGCCAGGCUCAUGUCAAUGAGAUUGUCAAAACCAUCAUCAUCCACCAUGAGACUAUUUUCCCAGAUGCUAAAGAGCUGGAUGGCCCUGUUUAUGAGAAAUGUAUGGCUGGAGACGAGUAUUGCGACAGCCCAUACAGUGAGCACGGUACGCUGGAGGAAGUGGAUCAGGACGCUGGUACAGAGCCGCACACCAGUGAAGACGAAUGUGAGCCAAUAGAAGCGAUAGCCAAGUUUGACUACGUUGGGCGGUCUGCCAGAGAAUUGUCCUUCAAGAAGGGUGCUUCCCUACUGCUGUAUCACCGCGCAUCGGAGGACUGGUGGGAAGGAAGGCACAACGGGAUUGACGGGCUUGUGCCCCACCAGUACAUCGUGGUGCAGGAUAUGGAUGAUACAUUUUCAGACACUCUGAGCCAGAAAGCCGACAGCGAGGCCAGCAGUGGGCCGGUAGCUGAAGACAAGUCUUCAUCCAAGGACAUGAACUCCCCAACAGACCGACAUCCUGAUGGCUAUUUAGCCAGACAAAGAAAAAGGGGAGAGCCACCCCCUCCAGCAAGGCGUCCUGGCAGGACCAGUGAUGGCCAUUGCCCCCUCCAUCCCCCACAUGGUCUUUCCAACUCCUCAAUUGACCUGGGGUCCCCAAGCCUGGGCAGUCAUCCCCGGGGCCUGCUGCAGAACCGUGGCCUCAACAACGACAGUCCUGAGAGGAGGCGUCGGCCAGGCCACGGCAGCCUGACCAACAUCAGCCGCCAUGACUCCCUCAAGAAGAUCGACAGCCCUCCUAUUAGAAGGUCCACUUCAUCAGGGCAAUACUCAGGCUUCAACGACCACAAGCCGCUGGACCCAGAGACAAUCGCUCAGGAUAUCGAAGAGACGAUGAACACUGCUUUGAAUGAACUCCGAGAACUGGAGAGACAGAGUACAGCAAAGCAUGCCCCCGACGUGGUGCUGGAUACCUUAGAACAAGUGAAAAACUCUCCCACCCCCGCCACCUCCACGGAAUCGCUCAGCCCUUUGCACAACGUUGCCCUCAGGAGCUCAGAGCCUCAGAUCCGUCGGAGCACUAGCUCCUCCAGUGACACGUUGAGUACUUUCAAGCCUGCGGUGGCACCCAGAAUGGGCGUGCAGCUGAAGCCCCCAGCCCUUCGGCCGAAACCUGCUGUUCUUCCAAAAACAAACCCGACCGUGGGACCCGCCCCGCCUUCCCAAGGUCCAGCAGACAAGUCCUGCACGAUGUAA